GUUGGUUGUGUCGGGGCCAGUAGGCGCGUUUGGUAGGCGCCGGUGAAAUUACUCUGCCAAUUCAAGAAGAUAAGUAAGAUGGUCAAGAACGUCCGCAUCACCUACCGUCGCCGUCACUCGUACGCGACCAAGUCGAACCGCAUCGUGCCGGUGAAGACGCCCGGUGGCAAGCUCAUCGCCCACUACCGCAAGAAGACGUCGUCGGGCCCCAAGUGCGGUGACUGCAAGCAGUCGCUCAAGGGCAUCAAGCACCUCGCCUCGAAGGCCUACAAGAACGUGUCGAAGAGCCAGCGCACGGUCUCGCGCGCCUACGGUGGUUCGCGUUGCGCCGGCUGCGUGCGCCAGCGCAUCGUCCGUGCCUUCCUUAUCGAGGAGCAGAAGAUCGUCAAGAAGGUUCUCCUCGAGAAGCUCUCGAAGAAGAAGGCCGAAAAGUCCGCUUAAACAAUCGACUUUUGGAUGAUUGACUUCGGGUGGCGUGUGCUAGCUUUCUUACCUCUCGACGAUGAUGGUACUCAAUAAUAGCACGUAUCUUCUUGCUUCCA